AUGAAGAACGGGGCAACGCCGCUGCACUUGGCUUCACAGAGUGGCCAUCUGGCAGUCGUGAGGUGCCUUCUGACUGCUCGAGCUGAGCCCAACGCUGAGGCGGAGGAUGGGCGGCGGCCCCUGCACAUCGCUUGCCAGAAGAAUCACGUGGAGGUUAUCCGGGCCUUGUGCAAUGGCGAUGCCGAUCCCAAUGCGCCUGGCCCACAUGCCAUGUCUCCGGCCUUCCCUGCGUGCCAGCGAGGCUAUCUUGAUGCAUUGAAGGCUUUGUGCGAGGCCGGCGCGAACGCAGAGGCCAUGGACAAGAGCGGCACGAGGACGCCGCUUCACGUAGCCGCCUACUGUGGCGACUUGCUCAUUGUUCGGUGGCUGGCUGAAGAAGGAGUGCUGAUCGACAGCAGGGAUCGCCAAAGAUACACUCCUCUACACUUGGCAGCGCGAUUCGGAUACGAGGUUGUCGCACGCGAGCUCUUCGAGCUGCGCGCCGACCUAGAGGCUACAAGUAGCAGCUUGGAAAGCACGACACGCAAGCUAGCAGCGGCAGUCGGCCGCUACAUAUGGCUGCCCUCUUUGACCAAGAGGAAUGUCCUCGCCUACCCGGGGCUCUCGCCAUUGCACUUGGCCGCCGCCAGAGGAAACCUAGAAGUGGUGAAAGUUUUGUGCGACUUCGGCGCCAACCUGGCCAGACGGGACAUCUUCGGUGCGAUGCCGGUCAGCACGGCAGUCCGCUAUGGCCGCGAUGCGAUUGUGCAGUGCAUGCUCGACGCAGCGGGCUGCGAAGACUGUGAGUCUACCCCAGGCCAUGUGGAGCUUGCUCCCUUCUCCUUGCAAGAGUGA